AUUAUGUCGGCGAUACGAAAUCACUAAAAUUUCCUUAAGCAUCUCAUUAAUAUUCCAUCUUUUUCAACAUGGCAGAAAUUCGGAAAAGAAACGUCGAUUCCCCAUCUGACGAAAAAGAAGAGACUACAAGUCUUGAAACUCCUAAGCCUACUGAUGCUGGAGACUCGGAAGAAGAACACAUUCCAGAUGAAGCUAAUGUUGAAUCUCUUGUUAAAGAACUACCUCAAGCUUCAGAUAAGACCACUCACAUUUUAGACUCUGCCUUGUCUAGUCUGCCAACGAAAUGGCGAAAUUGGAUUGUUCGUGGCAUCUUUACAUGGCUCAUGAUUUUUGGAUUCUUUUUCUUGAUUUGGCUAGGACCGUUGGCUUUGGUUGCAACGACUCUGGUGGUGCAAGUCAAGUGUUUUCAAGAAAUCAUUUCAAUUGGAUAUGCUGUGUACCGCAUACAUGGAUUACCAUGGUUUCGAUCUUUGUCUUGGUACUUCUUGAUAACUUCCAAUUACUUUUUGUAUGGGGAAGGAAUUGUGGAUUAUUUUGGUGUACUUCUUAAUCGUGCAGACUUUUUAAGGCCUUUGGUGACCUAUCAUCGAUUUGUGUCCUUCAGUCUCUACAUUAUUGGAUUUGUUUGGUUUGUCUUAAGUUUGGUGAAGAAAUAUUACAUGAAGCAAUUUUCACUUUUUGCUUGGACUCAUGUAACUCUUCUGAUUGUAGUUACUCAGUCAUAUUUUAUCAUGCAGAACUUAUUUGAAGGUUUAAUAUGGUUUAUUGUUCCUGUUUCCAUGAUUAUUUGCAAUGAUGUUAUGGCAUAUAUGUUUGGAUUCUUUUUUGGCAAAACACCAUUAAUAAAACUAUCUCCGAAGAAGACUUGGGAAGGUUUUAUAGGAGGAUGGAUUUCAACUGUUGUGUUUGGAAUGAUUAUAUCCCAUUUCAUGUGUCAGGUUAAUUAUUUUGUGUGCCCCAUUGCAUAUUCAGAGACAUUAGAGAAAGUAACAAUGGACUGUGUACCUUCACCACUUUUCCAACUUACCGAUUAUAAUUUGCCUGGUCCACUUCAUACGUUUGCCUCUCUGUUUGGCUUUCCAAAUAAAGUUAGCAUGUAUCCUUUUGUGCUUCAUUCUUUGUCACUGUCGAUGUUCAGUUCUAUUAUUGGUCCAUUUGGUGGAUUUUUUGCUAGUGGAUUUAAACGCGCUUUUAAAAUAAAGGACUUUGGAGAUAUCAUUCCUGGACAUGGUGGAAUAAUGGAUAGAUUUGAUUGUCAGUUUUUAAUGGCAACUUUUGUCAAUGUUUACAUAUCCAGUUUUAUACGAGCUCCCAAUCCCCAAAAGUUACUGCAGCAGGUUCUGUUACUUAAGACUGAUGAGCAAUUGCACAUAUUUCGCUCUCUGAAAGACCAUCUCAUGACAAGGGGAGAAUUGGCAUGAUCAAUCCAUGUCUCAUCAUGUGAUUCCAAAAAAAAAAAAAAAAAAGACAUUUCAGUGAUUAUGACUUUCUGACAUUGUCCACUCUGAUUAUAUAAUUCUAUAUAUUAUUGUAUAUGUAGUAAGUGAUGUGCCAAUGUGUAUUCGUUUAGAUUUACUGGAGCAUGUAUUUUUGUGCAAACUUAUAUUAUUUAUUUGCAUG